AUGUCGACGACCGCCGUCCGCCGCCGGGUCUCCUCGGCCGCAGCGUCACGCGGCUCUCCCCACAUCGCGGAGAUCAAACCGCUACUCGACUCGCUGGAGGCCGCCGCCGACGACCCCGAUAUCCUGGUGCGCCUGCAAUGGCUCUCGCUGCUGAAGCGCACGCUGGUGGAUUCGCCGAAUGCGAAAGAUACGUUUCGGGUCUUGAAGGGCUUCGAGAGACUGCUGUCGACGCUUCAAUCCCUCUCUGGCUUCUACAGCUCCGCGAACCGCACCGAUGAGGAGAAACACCAUUUCAUAGAGCUGGCAAAAUGCAUUUUCGGCGUCAUAUCGGAAGCCUUGUCCGCACAUCCAGGCAACAGGCGGUUCUUCACCCGGCGCAUCGGUUGGGAUAGUCUACAGCAGAGUCUUGCGGCUACGGGACUGCCUACGGAAGCUCCGGAUCAGCUGUUCGGCUUACUGUUGGCCUUCGGAAUGGAUGACGCUACCCUAUCGAGCCUCAUCGUGUCCACGAAGCGCGGAAUCGCACAGGAAAUUGCGAACGGACGGCUGGCGAAGGAGGCGGAUAAGUUGAAAUAUGUGAAGGACAGGAUCCGGGUGCAUUUUGGGCCCAAGGAUGUCUUGUUGAAUGCCGAGAUCGUGCCGUUGGUCGUCAGCUUCCAGGCCGCGAUGCCGCGUACGCAGGUCUCGGAGGUUACCGCGGUGAUCAUCUUGCAGUCGUUACUGGCGAUUGUCUCGGCGAGUAAAUUCAACCUGGUGGCUAUGCAUUCGACCGGCGUGCUGAGUGCGAUACUUCGACGACUGUGGGAUCCGUCGGUGCCCGCAUCCGAGAGGACGGUUUUGAGGGAUCUUGCCGGGAAUCUUGCGAGGCUGGGUGUCAAUAAUAUGAAUGAUGCGAAGGAGAUGUACAAGAGGGCCAUGACGGACGAGAACGUCGCCUCGUUUUUACUAGAGGCCAUCAAGGCGUCAAGAGAGCCCGCACACAUCCAGUUCGAUAUGUCGCUACACGGAUUCGCCUCUAUGGAACUAUCAUCCCUGGGCCGAGUCUUUCCUCCUGCGAAUACGCCGGGCUUUAGCUUUGCCGCGUGGAUCUAUAUACAGUCCUUUGAUCCUACAAUGCAUACCACGCUUUUCGGUGUGUUUGAUGCGUCGCAGCGAUGCUUCGUCCUGGCAUAUAUCGAGAUGGACACUCGAAAGUUUAUCCUCCAGACCUCCGUGUCGUCCCCGCGAGCGUCGGUGCGGUUUAAGUCAGCCGUGUUCGAACCGGGGCGCUGGUACCAUGUCGCUAUCGUUCAUCGGAGGAGCCGGACCACGUCGGCGGCGAAGGCGGCACUCUACGUGGACGGCGAGUUUGUCGAACAGCAGAAGGCUAGUUACCCCCAAUCCCCGCCAACCGGUCAUAAUGUCCAGGUAUUCUUCGGCACACCGUCGGAUCUCUCUCCUAGACUAGGCAGGGGAGUUGUGUCCUCACUGUGGAGCUUGGGAACCACUCACCUCUUCGAGGAUGCCCUCUCGGACGAUCUGAUAGCGGUACUGUACCGGCUUGGGCCUCGGUAUCAUGGAAACUUUCAAGACUGCCUGGGCUCUUUCCAGACAUAUGAGGCGUCAGCGGCGCUGAACAUGAGGAACGAACUGAUGCAUCCUGGUCGAGAGGAGAAGAGCGAUAUCGUCGCCGCCAUACGGCACAAGGCGUCAACCAUAAUCCCCGAGUCCAAAGUUAUGUUGAGUCUUUCGGCCACGCAAGUCCUGGACGACCGAGACGACAACAACAUCGACGAGUCGAUGCUCGUUCAAUCGCUCUCGAAACAUGCAGCAAAGAGCCUCCAGCAGUUCACUCGGAGCGGCGCAAUAGCCAUCAAUGGUGCCGUUCCCUCGAUCAACGAAGCACUGAUAUCACCGCAGGGAGUGGCAGUCAUGACCGGUGAGCCCAUAGUGGUUGUCCCGCAGUCUCUUGACGACGCGGCAUGGAAGAUCGGGGGAGCUGCAGCUGUCGGGCUGAAAAUGGUUGAGGCUGCGAAGACACCACAGCAGGUAUGCAAAGCGGUCGAGAUAUUGUUCGAAAUGACCAAGGGCUCCUGGAGAAAUAGCGAGGCCAUGGAGAAGGAGAAUGGGUUUGCCAUCCUGAGCCAUCUCCUCCGGCAAAAGGACGCCCAGGGCGUCGUCGGGAAACAGCUAUUGCGGUUGGUCUUGGAUUUCGUCGGGUACCGUCACGAUGCUCCGGAAGAAAGCUUCAUCAUCAACCCGCUGGCGUAUAGGAUACUCCUGGUCGACUUUGAUGUCUGGAGGACGGCCGAUAUCGAGACGCAGAAGGAGUACUUCUCUCAGUUCCUGAUGUUCACCAGCGGCAGCAAGUAUCAUCACUUCAACUCGAAGAGACUGGUGCGCAUGCGCAUCGUGAAGAAGCUCCUUUACGCCCUGAAGGCGGAGGUCUUCAGUCGUGAGAUCCUCCCCGAUUUCCUAACCGCAUUCAAGGUCCUCGUCAAGACGAACAUGUCGGCGGAUGUACUCCGGUCCCUCUCGCUAUUCAUCACGUACUCCCUCCAUAAGCAUAAUACGAGCCGACCGCUCCGUAACAAGAGGAGUAAUGCCCAGCUUAGAAGGCAGGGUGCUGGGCUAUCUCCUGGGGGCGCGGGACCGAAGACGGGAUAUCUAACGCCAGCAGGUGUGGCUGGUGAGUUGGUCGAUGAUGGCGGGUUUACGAGACAGCAGAUCGGCGUUAUGGUGCUCGAGAUGUAUCAUGAUCUCUUGUGUGAGGAUGGCAAUGGCACGGCCAAUUUAAAGAAGUUUGCGAAGACUGUUACGAACAAGUGGCUUCUAUAUCUCCUCGCCGAGAGCGAGCCGAAGGUGGUACUUCUGGGCGCAAAGAUCGUGGCCAGAUUGCUCGUUGUCCACGGCGGCACGUACGUAUCCAAAUUCGCCAGCAAGACCGGAGGAUUCGUCAUCAUGAAACACAGACUCAAGAGAUGGUGGAAUGUUGCUCCGCUCUGGCCGAUAUGCUUCUGUAUACUGUUUGGCAAGGACGUGGCCAAGAUCGAUGUUGAUAGACCGCUGGAUCUCUUUGCAUUGCUCGACGCUUUUGCCGAUGGCGGCAAGGCGAAGGUGGUUUAUCCUGAUGUUCUACCGGUCAUCGCCGCCAUGCUUAAGGCUGGUGUUGGAACCAUCGUUGCAGAUAUUUCGGGUGAUGAGAAUGAGAAUGGCAGUAAGGGCAAAGCUGCCUUAGAUGUCCCCCAGGCUUCGAGAAGUAGGGCGCAAUCCGUCAAUGAUCAAUCGCAAGGGAACCAAACCUCGAGUGAACGCAUGGUGGGAUUGACCCGGAUGCUGCAGACAUUGAUACAGUUCCUGUCGCAACUCCACUCGACAUGUCCCGCCUUCCGUGAUUUCUGCGUCAAUUCGGGCUUCGUCCAGGAGCUAUUCGGAAUACUGUUUCCGGUGGUCUGUAGCUCCGAUCACGUCAGCGCAGAGACGGAGUUGAACUCGAGAGAUUCAGCCCUCACCUUCGACGGUGGAGAUGUGGUCAUCCGACCAUUGGUUUCCUCGGCAGCGCCGCCAAUCGUACGGACCGUUACUGUGGAGGAUCGGUCACCGACGCCAACAGGAGGACGCUCGGAGAGACUGAGAAGAAGGUCCUCGUUUAUCCUCGUCACCCAGGAGCCGACGGAAUACGGACCGUCUCCGGCUCGGCUCACUCCCGGUAUCGGAUCGGGCCUGAAUCUCAAAGUGACCAGCUUGAGCGGUUCGAAUUCCCUCGUCGAGAGUCUGAUGGAACUGGCUAUGGCGGUGUUCUUGGAUAUGGUCUUUGAGCGACGGGAAUUUACGGGGUUCGGUCUCAACACUAAGAUUCCGCCGGGCUUCCAGGAGCACCAGAUCUACUUCGAGACGUAUCUCCUGCGGAACACGAUCGCGCAUAUCAAGAACCUCAUCGCCUUCGAGAUGAUGAAGCUGUGCGAGCCCCGGAUCUUGACGAACAUCGCCCGCUUUGCAAUCCAUGUUACGGAUUAUAUAUUCGAGGGCUGGUUCUUGAACGGCGCCGAGGUCCUGCUCGACUUUGUCGGAUUCAUCCUGGAGUAUCUGCAGCGGCCCGAUGUGUCGAAGCUGAAGAGUGUGAGACUGUGUUCCCAGAGCGUUACGAAUCUGCGGUCCGUGGUCUCUCGCGUGGUUCUGUUCAGACUCUCGGAGCUCGACGACUCGAAGGCGGACCCGAAGCAGAUCGUCGAUUUCCUCAACAAGAUGAUGUACUGGCAAACUGUCAUUCUGUCCCCGGAUAAUACGGAUGGCGAGUUUACGAGGUUGAUAUGUUAUCUGCUGUAUACGAGGCUGAUCGAUCAGAGGCACGACCUCAAGAUCGCGGCGGCUAAUAUGCUACGGAUAGUGUUGGUGCAGAAGCCAACAGAGACGGCUAUACUGCUCAACCAUGCGAAGAGCAUCGAUCACAAGCAGCUGUCUUCGGGAUUUCAGAAGCUUAUGGAACUGGAUAACGACACCUGGCUGUACUGGAUCGAUGACCACCGGAAAGAGCUCGACGCGUUCUUCUAUGGCGCGCUCUCGAAGUCUUGGGAAGCGUUCGUCACCGACGAGAAUCGCAAGACCGAGGAGACAGCGAAGGCUCGCAUCGUUGCGAGAAAGGAGAAGCUGAGGCAGUGGAUCACGGAGGAUAUGAACAACGAGGAUGUCUACGGCCGACACGAGUCGAUCUCGAAUAACUGGUCGGCGAAUAUCUUUGCCUCCGAGCACCUCAAGUUCCAACGCGCGUCCCAGGACCAGCAGGAUAGCCUCAACUUCACCAUUUCGCAGUUUGCUACGCUGGAUGCCGAGUUGACGAGGCCGUGCGGGCUGCUCGAUGACGGCCAGGAUGUCAAGUGGCGGCUCGAUCUCACCGAGGGUAGAAAUCGCAUGAGGAAGCGGAUGCUCCCAGAUCGCAGCGGACAUCUGCAUAAUUACCAGCCGAAGAGAAGGCUCACCGGCCUUGGUGACGGCGGGCAAAACCUGACGCCUACAAGAGCGCAUGCCCUCUCGGUCGAUUGCGAUGAGAUCAGCAUCAUGACGGCCAAAGACGUGGACCCUGGCAGCCCGGAACAGGAUCGGCAGCACACUGGUCGAGACGGCGGAGACGAUGAUAUGGAUGAUGACUACGAGUUGGUCGACGACCCCAAGGAAGACGAUGACGGCUGGGAAGAUAAGAACCGGAAGGUUUUGAGAAGCAUCCAGCACGGUGAUGUGGUGGAAUCGGUUAGCAACGUUUCCAGACUCAUUGGACUCGACGCCGUCGAAGGACUCUUGAUUAUAGGUAAGAACUGUCUGUACCUCAUCGACAACUUUUUUCAGCGGUCCGACGGCGAGAUUAUGAAUGUAUGGCAAGCACCGAAGGACGAGAGAGAUCAAUAUCUGCAGAUGAUUUCGGGCCGGGAAGCGGAAGACCGCAAGCCAGUGUCGAGCGAACACGAGACAAGGCACUGGUCCUUCGAGGAGCUGAUCAGUAUCAGCAAGCGUCGGUUCCUGUUCCGCGAUGUGGCGCUGGAGCUGUUCUUUUCGGAUGGAAGGAGCUAUCUUCUCACCACCAUGUCGGUAAAGGAGAGGGACUACGUGCAUACUCGGCUCCUGUCGAAGGCGGCAAAUGUUAGUAGCAAUGCUGCCACGCCAUGGACCGGCGAUGUCUGGAGGACCGAGUCCUUGAAGACCCAAGAGGCGCCGUCGAAUUUCGGAUCGAAGCUGGCGAACGUCUUUGGAUCUCCCACACAGAAUCCGGCGACAAAGAAGUGGAUCAAGGGCGAAAUCUCGAAUUUCCACUAUCUGAUGCUGGUCAAUACCAUGGCUGGCAGGACGUUCAACGAUCUCACUCAGUAUCCGGUUUUCCCGUGGGUAUUGGCGGAUUAUACCAGUGAAGAACUCGAUCUUAAGAACCCGAGGACUUUCAGGGACUUUUCGAAGCCUAUGGGAGCCCAGACGCCCGAGAGGCAGAAUGAGUUCCGCGAGAGGUAUCGCUCGUUCGGCGAUAUCAAUGACCAGGCGUCGCCGCCGUUUCACUACGGAACGCACUUCUCGUCGGCCAUGAUCGUGUGCUCCUUCUUGAUCCGCAUCCAGCCAUUCGUUCAGUCGUACCUUCUGCUGCAGGGUGGACAGUUCGACCAUGCGGAUCGACUGUUCUAUUCGAUAGAGAAGGCGUGGGCUUCGGCCUCGAGGGAUAACAUGACGGAUGUGCGCGAACUGAUUCCAGAGUUCUUCUUCAUGCCCGAAUUCCUGGUCAAUUCCAACGACUACAACUUUGGCAUGAAGCAGGGCACCGACGAGCCAAUCAACGACGUCGUUCUCCCACCCUGGGCAAAGGGUGAUCCCAAGAUCUUCAUCGCCAAGCACCGCGAGGCCCUCGAGAGUCCGUAUGUCAGCCAGCAUCUGCACGAGUGGAUCGAUUUGGUGUUUGGAUUUAAGCAGCGAGGUGAGGCUGCCGUCGAGGCUACGAAUGUCUUCCAUUACCUCAGCUACUCCGGUGCGAUUGAUCUCGAUAAUAUUCAAGACCCGGUGGAACGCCUGGCAACGAUUGGGAUCAUCCAUAAUUUCGGACAGACGCCGCAUCAGGUUUUUGCCAGGAGCCAUGCGCAGAAGGAUUCGGGGGCUACGCAGGGUGCAAGGCUCGAUGUGGGCGCGGAGAGCUUGAUUAGACUGCCGUUUCCCUUGCUAGAUAGUCAUGAACGGGUCGCAUCGCUGGUAUACUCACCUAAAUUCGAGAAGGUGUUCUGUUCGGGUGCGUUCAGACUCAACAUCCCGCCGACGUACGACAAAUACAUGGAAUGGGGCUUCACCGACGCCAGUGUCCGCUUCUACCACACGGAGAGCAAGAAACUCAUCGGUCACCACGAACACAUCCACCAGGGCCAGCUCUCGUGCGCCAAGUUUGCCGACUCCAAAACCCUCAUCACUGCAGGCACCGACGGCACGGUCUCGGUCUGGGCGCUCAAGUCCACCGCCAAAUCCGUGGAACUGAUCCACCGCUCCACGCUCUUCAACCACGUCGCCCCCGUGAUGACCAUGGCCCUCUCGCGGAGCUUCUCCACCCUCGUCACCGCUAGUAACGACCUGACCGUCUCCCUCUGGGACCUCAACCGCCUGCGGUUCAUCCGCCACCUCCCCACGCCGUCACCCGUAACCUGCCUCGCGGUCAACGACGUAUCCGGCGAGAUCCUCCUCUGCGCGGGCCAGACCGCAACAAUCUUCACGAUCAACGGCGCUCUCAUGCUGCGACAGAACGUGUGCGAAUCUAGCGACGACGCUAUCGUCUCGUGCGCGUUCUACGAAGGGUUCGGCAACGAGUGGCUCGAGCGCGAGCUCGUCUUUACGGGACACAAGCGCGGCAUCGUCAACAUAUGGCAGAAGCGCGUCGGCAAGCUCGGCGGCUUCGAGCUGCUCCAUGUAAAGCGCCUCCAGCACGUGAAUCAGUUCCAGAGCGAGAUCGUGGUCCAGGCUGCGAUCACGGAGGUCCUCCCCAUGCCCGCCGCUGUCUACACUGGUGAUGAGAUGGGGCGUGUGUACGAAUGGGACUGCCAGACCGUCCAGCGGGGUAAGAGCCCGCUUCCCUCCGUCGGCUCCUCCUCAGCGGGAGCGGGCUCACAGCAGGCCGGAAACUCAAGGUAGUACCGGAGGUUCCGAAAAUGGAGGAAGCGCGUUGGUCAGGGUAGAGCCAGUAGAGACAACAGAGACAGCAGAGAUGGCAGGGAUGGCAGAGAGGGGAGGGUGGAGAACGUACGGAAGUAGUGUGUGUAGUGAAGGGUGAGGGAGUGAGUGAUGGGCGGGGCGUUUUGCUUGCUUUUACCUGCUUGCUUUUGCUGCUUAGAUACGGUACUUGUGCUGCGAUUGAUUGAUUGAUUGAUGAUGCGAUUGAUUGAUUAAUGAUGCUUGCUUGAUCUUGAUGUUACCCAUGAUUUCACUUUUUAUCCGUUGCUAUGGCGGGGGGCAUGGGGGAUGGCUGUGGAUGGCUGUGGAUUAUCUACAUACCUAGGAGGCGGGGGAAUAGAUGGGAUUCGAGC